GCCGCUCCGGCUCCGGCUCCGGCUCCCGGGCAUUUAAAGGGGACGUGGCGACUGCCCGGGGGGAUGGGGGGCAAGUGGAGGGGACGGUUCAGACGCACGUCAUCCUCGGUCCCUCGGGACUGGAGGGACUCGUGAGCCGGAGCCCAGAAAUCCGGGGGUGGAAAAGACACCGCGUCCCCUCCAAUUCCCGUAAGCACCCCUUGCUCCAUCCUGCGCCCCAAUACCUCAGCUAGUCCCUUUCCCCAUUCCUUAUACUCCAAACUCAGCUGGGACAGACCUCUGCCGCCGCCGUCCCCACGAACUCGUGACGACGGCUGGAGGCCAACAGAGUCCCUACAGGUGGUGCCCCCUGUGAUGCACCAACAAUGAGUGGCUGUUUUCCAGUUUCUGGCCUCCGGUGCCUAUCUAGGGUCUUGGAUGUGCCAGCGCCUCUGGCCGCGGCCCGCUAAUCAGCCUCUCCCCGGCCGGCUCCCGCCGCGCCUCCUCUCGCUUGCCCCCUCCUCCUCCUCCUGCUGCUCUCCCCCCUGCUCCCAGGACGGCGGGAUGGCCGCGCAGGGCGCACCGCGCUUCCUCCUGACCUUCGACUUUGACGAGACUAUCGUGGACGAGAACAGCGACGACUCGAUCGUGCGCGCCGCGCCGGGCCAGCGGCUGCCAGAGAGCCUGCGAGCCACCUACCGCGAGGGCUUCUACAACGAGUACAUGCAGCGCGUCUUCAAAUACCUGGGCGAGCAGGGCGUGCGACCGCGGGACCUGCGCGCCAUCUACGAAGCCAUCCCUUUGUCGCCAGGCAUGGGCGACCUGCUGCAGUUUGUGGCUAAGCAGGGCUCCUGCUUCGAGGUGAUUCUCAUCUCCGAUGCCAACACCUUUGGCGUGGAGAGCGCGCUGCGCGCCGCCGGCCACCACAGCCUGUUUCGUCGCAUCCUCAGCAACCCGUCGGGGCCCGACGCGCGGGGACUGCUGGCUCUGCGGCCGUUCCACACACACAGCUGCGCGCGCUGCCCCGCCAACAUGUGCAAGCACAAGGUGCUCAGCGACUACCUGCGCGAGCGGGCCCACGACGGCGUGCACUUCGAGCGCCUCUUCUACGUGGGCGACGGCGCCAACGACUUCUGCCCCAUGGGGCUGCUGGCGGGCGGCGACGUGGCCUUCCCGCGCCGCGGCUACCCCAUGCACCGCCUCAUCCAGGAGGCCCAGAAGGCCGAGCCCAGCUCGUUCCGCGCCAGCGUGGUGCCCUGGGAAACCGCCGCCGACGUGCGCCAACACCUGCAGCAGGUGCUGAAGUCGUGCUGAGGACGGCCGCCUGCAGGGGGCGCCAGAGCCAGCGGCGGAGGGGCGGGGAGUGGGGAUUCGGGAAAGACAAAGUUAGUUUUACUACUUCCCUUUCCCUUUGGCUUUGCUAUGUCCCUCUGGGAAUUUCUGGAAUCUCGUCCAGUUGGUGGCUUGGGGAGGGGACUCAGGGCCUUCCCUAUCUAUGCAUUUAACCCGCCUCAGCCGCCUCCCCCGCUCCACGGCGCACGGUUGGGUUAGGGAGUCUGACCCAUCGCGGGGUGGCGCGCAAACCCUGGAAGGCAGCAGUGUUUCUUGCUCUUCCCAACUGGGAGAAAGGGGCCCGGCAGGUGAGAGAAGGAGCUUCUCCCGCCGCUGUAACUGUUGCCUCGGACCACGUGACUGUCCCCCUCCAGUCUUCUGUGGAGGGAACCCAGGAUCCUGAAAUCCUCGUGGCCGCAAGGACUCCCCGCGGAGACAGAGGAGGGUCUCCGCCUAGGGUCCCAGGCCUUCGCGAUCUUGGUUCACCCACCGCGACCCCACACUGUUUCUGUGCUGUCAACACCCUCUUGCCUCCCGAUCCCCGCACUCCCUUCUAGCACCCCCCAAAGGAAAAGCCAGAGGGAACAAUCGCCUCCUGGUGGUGGUAUGACGUAGCGCACCAUCCGGCUCGGGUCCGGCCAGCCAGUAACUUCGCAGCGCGCGACGGUGUCUCCUUGCACCCCAGCCUCGUCUAUACAGCAAGAGACCAGGGACUUCAAAGUCGCCCUCGCGGGCUGAGCCCUCCGCGCACUACCCCCAUGGAACAGAAAGCCAUGAUGUUUUUAAGCAGAACCAACGAAACCCUAGCCCCUCUUUCCUCUGGCGUUUUAGAACUAUAAAGGAGGUGAAGGGGGAA